CCUAAAAUCACCUGGACGUGGAAAGGAACAGGAGAGAACGACUCUCCCAUCACAGGAAACAUCACUAAGUUCAAGACUGAGAAUCUGACUGCUGUCACACAGAGACACCACUCAACUUUGACCUUUAACCCUUCACCUGAACACCAUGGCACCAAUGUCACCUGUAAGGUCAGCUUCACAAACAACAUCACUACAGAGGAGACAGUGACUUUGAAUGUGACCUAUAUGAAACCUGUAAUCACUGGGAAUACAACUGUUAAGGUGGGACAUGCUCUGAAUCUGACCUGCAGAGUUGAAAGUUUUCCUCUGUCUAAUAUCACAUGGACACUUGGAUGGUUCCAAACACAAACCUGCUCAGUGAACCUAAUACACCUGCAGAACAACACUGGAUCAGCAACACUUGUCAUCCAUAAUGUGACAGCAGAACAUUCUGGACAGUACAUCUGUACAGCACAACAUCUGGACAUGACUGUGACUGUAUUUGCUGAUGUAACUGUGACUUGGAUUUCGAAGAUCUUUAAAAACUCUGGAUGUAAGGUUCAAUCGCAGGUCCAGACCUGUGUGUGUAUCAGUGAGGGGUUUCCUUUACCCACCAUCAGAUGGCCGUUGUUGAAGAACCAUGCUGAGUACUUUGUAAUUACCACCGUGUCAAACCACACAGUCAACAGCACCGUCAGCCUAACUGUAAAAGACAGCAACGCUACUGUUGAGUGUGUCAGCAGCAAUGAACAUGGGGAAGCAAAACAAAACUUCACAAUUAUAAUAAAUAGUUAUAAUGAUAAGGAAAAGUUGAAACCAGAAGAUCUCCUCUCUCAAUUGUUAAUAAUUGUGCAGCCACCAGUCAUCAUCGCGUUUGUGAUUGGGAUUCUUCUGUCAGCCACCAUCUGCUGGUUGGCCAGAAAAUGCCACAGAAAAAAGCAGAAGAGCUCCGGAAAUACGGUUGAAAACCUGGAGAUGGUGACUACUAAAGUGGUCCCGCUGAUGGAUGCUGGUCAAUCAGUGGAAAAUUAUGAGACCCAUGGCCAAGAGGCAGCUGAGGGAGAAGCCGAGGCUGCUGGGCAAUCAGCCCCCAACGGUGACGUGGAACCCAAAGAGGCAGAAUACUCUGACAUUGACUUCUCCAAGUUUACCAGGAAGAGUCCCACAGGGACAGAGAAUGCGCAAGAGAUCGCAGAGACAGAGUAUGCUGAAAUUAAGACAGAAGAAAGAGGGGAGAGAGAAGACAAUGCUGGCGAGGAUGGUGAAAACUUGAGCAAUCAAGAGGAGGUGGUGAUGAUAGGGGAAGAUAAUGAGACAAGAGAGUGUAGAGUUGCAGGAGAGGAGGAUGUGGCAGUGUAUUCCAAUGUAAAGGAAAUAAUGGCUGAGAUCUGAGGACUGUAGCUUUGUGAAGUCACUUAUGGAUAAAUGUAUUUUUUUAUUGGUGAAGAAAGGCGAAACAUGAUGAGUGAUUUAACAUAGACAGUUGUGACAUAUAACAUACAUACAGUGAAACAUUGUGCAUUACAUUAAACUGAGGAUAGGAGCAGAAAAACUUAUAUAGUGAAGAAAUUCAUCUUUAAGAUGUGAUGAUUUCAAGGAAAAUAUUUUUACAUUUUGUAUUCUUGUGCAAACAAGCUUGUCUAACACAGGAUUUAUUUACACUGUAUCGAGUAGAAUUGACAGCUUUAUGUACCAGAUAAGCUUAUUAUUAUUUUUAGACAAUACAUUACUUUUUAAGAAAUAAAUGCAGCUGAAAUUGUGUGUCAUCACGCUUUUUAUGUUUGAUUAAUUAUUGAGUGUUGUAGAUAUAGCUAUAAUUUUUUAGUGUGUUAUU